UAUCCACCCACUCUCGAUAGACAAGUUUUUCUCUGUAUGUUACACUGUAGGCGAGCGCGCUGGAGCGCCUCUCGAAACUCGCCACAACGAUCCCAAUAUGUACUGCGCGACUGCCUCUCCGGCUCUCCAUAGGAAAUGAAUACAAAGUGUUAAGACGCUAUCCGUCGUCAGAACCAGUGGAGCCGUACGGUUAAACAGUCACCUGUAAACAUCUCUGUAAUUUUCUUUGUUCAUAUUUUCCUUGAAAGGUUUUUUGGCCAAAGCUGUGAAGAAUCUUUCUUUGUCAUGUGUCAGCAUCGGGACCGCAGUAACUACAGAUUUAUAUCACAGACGAUGACGUGGUCUGCUGCCCAGCAGUUGUGCAAUUAUCAUGACAAGGAACUGGCAGUUUUCAGUGAUACCUCCACACUGAGCUCAUACGACUUUCCUGCCUGGAUUGGUCUGCGUAGAAAUGGAAGCACAUGGGAGUGGAGCAUGGAGUUAUUAGAGUUCAGACAAUGGGAACAAACUGAGCCUGGAGGCGAUGACGACUGUGUCACCAUCACCUCUAAGACAAAGCGCAUGACUACCAGAGACUGCUCCUCCAAGCUUCCCUUCAUCUGCUACAAUAACAACCUGGUCCUGGUGAAGGAGAACAAGACCUGGGAGGAGGCACUGGAGCACUGCCGGAACAUGAGGGCCUCUCACAUGCACUAUCGCUAUGAGCUGGUCAGUGUGCAGCCUGGAGAAGACUACAGCAUCGUGAUGUUCUCAAUGAUGGACUCGGACACUGAGGAGGUGUGGACAGGGCUGCGCUUCAUGGCGGGUCAUUGGUGGUGGAUGAACAAGGCUGACAUGUUGUUCGACAUGCCCGUCUGCCCCGUGAAGUGGCAGUAUUGCGGCGCUUUGUCCAAGAACGACACGGUCGGCAUGAAGACCAGAGACUGUUUGGAGAAGAAGAACUUUCUGUGUUACAGACUUUAGUCCAGACAUCCAGGCUACGACCAGAUGCUCGACUGUUUCCACCAUGGUUAUAGUCACAGGAAAUAAUGUUAGAUAUACUGAAUCCUUAGCUGGUAGAUACAACUGGAAAAAAUAAUGUGUCAAAGUACGGCUCAAAUUACAGGAUUUAAAAAUCCAAAUGUUCAGAAUCUGGUUUCAUCACACACAUUAAGUAGGGUUCUAGCUUCCAUUUUAAGGAAACCCCAUCAUUGGCUCGUCCCCUUGAGGACUUAUUUUCUAUUGGCUACUCUGGUUCCCAUCAGAGAAUACUGACACAAUCAUCAAAAACUGAAAUCCUCUGACAUAUAAGGAUUAUAUAGGAUAUAAAGAUAAGGAUCCCAGACCGAGUUUCCUGUGUUUGGAUGGAUAAAAAAGUCCUGCCAUCUGAACUUAGCCUGAGAUGUAUCUUUGCACUAGUUUGUUCAGAUUUUCAGAUGAUGCAUAUACAUUUUUUUUGCUCAUUCUAUUUUUGACAAGUAGUUCUCUCAUAGGGGCAGUAAUGUAUCCGCUCAGUAAAAGUUAUAUGCUGCUUUGUAAGUGCUGAAAAAAAUCUUAAAAUGUGACUUAAAAUGUAUUUAUAAUGAACUCCUAAAAAUCCCAAAGGUAACUUUUACAAUAAAUAUCGUGUAGGUUUUUCAUUGUUGAUUUUUUCAUCAAAGGUAGAAUCAGGCUAAUGUUAGCACACUUUAGUUAAAUCUUAAAGACCCAUCUUUCAUGAACA